AUGUCUACCCACGAAGACGACCUCACCGACAGCGAGCCACCGACAAUCGACCCCUACGAGGUCCUCGGGGUCGACCGCACCGCCUCGCCCGACGAGGUCAAAUCGGCCUACCGCAAGACGGCACUAAAAACCCACCCAGACAAGGCGCCCGAAGACAAGAAAAACGAAGCCAAAGAAAAGUUCCAACAAGUCGCGUUUGCCUACGCCGUGCUCUCCGACCCCGCCCGGCGCAAGCGCUACGACGAGACGGGCUCGACCUCGGAAGCGGUGGUCGAUUCCGAGGGCUUCAGCUGGAGCGACUUCUACCGGCGAGCAAUUCCGCGGAUGCCCAUCUCCGAGGACGCGAUUAAGAAGUUCCGCCGAACGAGUACAAGGGGUCCGGCGGAAGAGCGGGAUGACAUCCUGGCCGCGUACGAGGAGUUUGAGGGCGACAUGGACGGCGUCUACGAGAGCGUGAUGCUCAGCAACGUGCUGGAGGACGACGCCCGGUUCCGGGAGGUCAUUGACGCCGCGAUCAAGGCCAAGGAGGUGCUGCGUUUUGAUGUCUACGCCAAGGAGACCAAGAAGUCCAGGCAGGCGCGCGUCAAGGCCGCUAAGAGCGAGGCGCGGGAGGCGGACGAGCUGGCCAAGGAGCUGGGCGUGUACGACAAGCUACGGGGCGAUGGGAAGAAGAAGAGCAAGAAGGACUCGGAGGCGGGGCUGGCGGCCCUGAUCCAGCGCAACCAGUCGUCAAGAAUGAGUGCGCUGGAUAAGCUGGCGGAGAAAUAUGGGGCUGUGCCCAAGGCGGGCAAGGGGAAGAAAAGAGGCGCGAAGGAGCUUGAAGAGCCGGAUAUCUCGGAGGAACAAUUCCAAGCGAUACAGGCGGGCAUGAAGAAGAAGAAGGCGCGAAAAUGA